CCGGAAAUGACGUCGUUCCGUGAUUGUCCUUUCCAGAAAAAAUGGCAGCUGUUGACAUCGACGUGCCGGUGGACACAGAGAACCAAAUUGGCAAUGCCGGAGACCUGGAACGUCAGGCUGAAGGCUUCAAAGAGCAAGGAAAUAUAUUCUACAGCCAGAAAGCUUACUCUGAGGCUUUCAACUGGUAUACGAAGGCCAUUGAUGCAUGCCCCACAAAUGCCAGUUAUUAUGGGAACAGGGCCGCCACCCUCAUGAUGCUUUCUCGCUUCCGAGAGGCCCUAGAAGAUUCCCAGCGGGCUGUGCGGCUGGACGACUGUUUCAUGAAGGGUCAUCUGCGUGAGGGCAAGUGCCACUUGUCAUUGGGCAACGCCAUGGCGGCCAGUCGCUGCUUUCAGAAGGUUCUGGAGCUGGAGCCCAGUAACCGAGAAGCCCAUAAGGAGAAUAAGACUGCAGAGACUCUACUAGAGUUUGAACGAAUGGCGGAUUUUGGAUUCGAAAAGCGGGAUUUCAGAAAGGUGGUGUUCUGUAUGGAUCGGGCCUUAGCUGUGGCUUCUGCCUGUCACCGCUUCAAAAUCCUUAAGGCUGAGUGUCUGGCUCUGCUGGGACGCUACGCUGAAGCCCAGUCUGUAGCAAGUGAUAUCCUGCGACUGGAUUCCACAAAUGCAGACGCGCUCUACGUUCGAGGCCUGUGUCUCUACUAUGAGGACUGCAUUGAUAAAGCUGUACAGUUCUUUGUCCAGGCUCUGCGCAUGGCACCUGACCACGAAAAGGCCCGGCUUGCCUGUAGGAAUGCCAAAGCCUUAAAAGCCAAAAAAGAGGAGGGCAACCAGGCAUUCAAGAACUACAAUUAUGAAGCUGCCUACCAGCUAUACACCGAGGCCCUGACGAUAGACCCCAACAACAUCAAGACCAAUGCUAAACUCUACUGCAACAGAGCCACGGCAGGAGUAAAGCUGAAUAAACUUAAUCAAGCCAUUGAUGACUGCACCAGUGCAAUCAAACUAGACGACACGUACAUCAAGGCCUACUUAAGAAGAGCUCAGUGUUACAUGGACACAGAGCAGUAUGAGGAGGCAGUUCGGGACUAUGAAAAAGUUUACCAGACAGAGAAAACAACAGACCACAAGCACCUACUAAAGACAGCACAACUAGAACUGAAAAAGAGCAAGAGGAAAGAUUACUACAAGGUGCUGGGGGUUGGGAAGAAUGCCACUGAGGACGAGAUAAAAAAGGCCUAUCGCAAACGGGCCCUCAUGCACCACCCAGACCGCCACAGUGCUGCCACUCCUGAGGUACAAAAGGAGGAGGAAAAAAAGUUCAAGGAGGUGGGUGAGGCCUUCACUGUCCUCUCCGACCCAAAAAAGAAGAUUCGUUAUGACAAUGGACAUGAUCUGGAUGAUGACGGCUGCUUUGAUGGUGGAGAUUUUGAUGCAAACAACAUCUUCAGGGCUUUCUUUGGUGGCCAUGGUGGAGGAUUCAGUUUUGAUUCGAGCCCAGAUUCUGGACCUGGAAAUUUCUUUUUCCAAUUUGGCUAAAACAGAGGAGCAUGUGGGAAAAUGCAGCCCUACAGUGGACAAAAAGAAGUUGGACUCAACAGUUACCUCCUGAUACUCAUUCUGUUGAGUGUCUUGCAAAAAUCUCCCACUGUUCUUUCCAAAAGGAUUUUGAUAAUUGCAUUCACUCCUAAAUUUACUCCCAUGCAUUGAUGCUAACAAGCACUGGGACAAAUAAAUCAGAGGCUUUAGUUAUAGAUUGAUGUUGUAAAUAAAGUGUUUAAGAAAUCUUUUUAAGAGGUUUGGAUUAGCUGAUUGGAGCAUAUCCCUAUUGCCAAAAUCAACCUCCAUAAUGGUGAACAGUAGUAAGAAACGCAAUGGACAUUUGGGCAUCAUGGCUGAUUAGUUUUAGAUCACAAAAUGUGGUAUAGGUUUUAAGAUUCUCCUGGGAUAGCAUGUCUCUGUAGAGCAAGAGUCAAUGUAUAAUAAUACUGUGGAAGUUCAAUGUCAAAACUGACCUCAGGACAGCUGGUGAAGGACAGCACUUCUCUUGCAGGUGUGUGUCCAGGUUUUAUUGGCUCACUUGCCAAAUAAAAUCAACUUGCAGGGUCUUUUUUUGUCCUUUUCUUUGUGCUGCAUUGUAUAUUUAACUCGAAUGUAAAUCGUUUUUUUUUCCCUAAAUAUUUCUUAAGUCUUCCCUUGGUCUAUUUAUAUUUAUUGUACUGUAUAUUCUAACCUGUAUACAGCAGAAUGCCAGACUCAUUUGUAAAUGUUUUCCAUAUCUUCCUCAUUGUGAUCAGUUGACGAAAACAUUCAGAUUGACUUAAGUUAAAAGCAUCAGCCAGACAUCUUCCCUGUUUUUCCAUUCAAAUUCAAGUGGUGCCUUACAAAAACGAGCAGAUCAGUUAACCUUGUUUGCGUAAAACCUAAAUAAAAACCUGCAGAGCAAGUCACACCCUGUUUGCAAAAGACAACAGUUAUGUGUAGCUUGUUUUUUUGUUUGUUUUUUUUUUACUCUUUCAUAGGAAAACCUUCAUUAAUGGCCCUAGAACGAAACCGAAAGUGAGCACUUCAUUCCUUUCAAGCAUGAAAGACUUAAGUGUCUUUUUCAUGAACUCAUCAAUCUCACCCAGGUGUCAUCCACAUUUUCCUGUCAUGCAUGUUUCAUCAGUACAGCCCUUGCCCUCCUUGUUCAACCUGUUCUAAGGGGCACCGAUAGUAGGUUGGAAGCUUCUGUUGUUAAUAUUUGUGUCACUGAUCCAUGUAUCAUUUUUAAGAACUGUCAAAGUAUUAACAAGACAUGCAUUUCGUAUUGCGAAAAUAAAGGCUCAUCUUUUACUGUA